UUGAAUUUUAUUUAAAUUACCUACCUAAUCCUUAUUGUCGCGAGCGCGCUAUCGAUAAAAUAAAGGUGCAUUCUUUGAAAUCAAAAGGUGCAGUCAUGGUUACAGUAUAGAUUUAACACUUACACGAAGCAAUUAUAAGCAGGCAGUUUACCACUCAGUUUUUGGGAGCAAGAUGUCCAUCAAAUCUCAGAAGUCUCUCAAUGAAGAGUGUUCGGAGAUAUUCGAGAGGAGCUACUCAGUGAGGAGUGUUUCUGAAGAGAGCCUGACUUGCGAGGACGACGAGGAGUCCCUGUCGCGCGACCUGAUGAGGAAGCUGACGCCGGCGGCGCUCAGCAAACUGCGCCGCUGCUUCCGGCGGGCCAAGGAGAAGAACGCGGCCGCCAUGGAAGUCGACAGGAAGGUGGAGGCGGUGAUGCGCGCGGCAGCGGCGGAGGAGGGCAUCGAGUUUGCGGCGCCGGCGGCCCCCGCGCCGCCCGCGCCGCUGUGUCUGGACGAAAAGGGCUUCGUGUUAGCGGUGGACAACAUUUUUGGUCACCGCAAGUACAGCGCGCACGCGCACCAGCUGUUCCGCGCGCUCGACCCGUUCGGCAGCGGGCGCGUGUGGUGGCGCCAGGUGGUGGCGCGGCUGGUGGCGGCGGGCGCGCGCGCCACCAGCACGCGCUGCGAGCGCUGGGCGCGCGUCGGCGUGCGCGGCGUGCGGCGCCUGCGGCACUGCCAGGUGAGCGCACUUCGAGGUGUACGACGUAACACACACUUGUCGUUGGCACGUUAUCACUGA